AUGUUCUAGUCCGUGAUGUCUGCGAUGAAGGUCGCCAUGUAUGACAACGUCACACACACUACUGCCCUGGUGACAGCUCUGGAUAACGUGACAACGCUGUCCCCAGCAACGACGCAGGCCAUCAAUGACACCAAUAUCACUGUGCCGCACAAGUGCCUGCUGUUGCUUUAUGAAGACAUUGGGAAAUCCAGAGUCCGCUACUGGGAUCUUUUGCUCCUGGUUCCCAAUGUGCUUUUCUUUAUGUUCCUUCUCUGGAAGCUGCCCUCUGCCAGGGCCAAAAUCCGUGCCACUUCGAGCCCGAUCUUCACCACGUUCUACAUACUGGUAUUUGUGGUGGCUUUAGUUGGCAUUGCCCGUGCCGUUGUCUCCAUGACCGUCAGCGCCUCUGAUGCUGCCACGGUUGCUGAUAAGAUCCUGUGGGAGAUCACAAGGUUCUUCCUUCUGGCCAUUGAGCUGAGCGUGGUGAUUCUAGGCCUUGCCUUUGGUCACCUGGAGAGCAAGUCAAGUGUGAAGCGUGUUCUGGCAAUCACCACGGUGCUGUCCCUGGCAUAUUCUGUCACCCAGGGGACCUUGGAAAUCCUGUACCCUGAUGCCCACCUCUCAGCAGAAGACUUCAACAUCUAUGGCCACGGAGGGAGACAUUUCUGGCUUGCCAGCUCUUGUUUCUUCUUUCUGGUCUAUUCCUUGGUGGUGAUUCUUCCAAAAACUCCUCUGAAAGACCGGAUUUCUUUGCCCUCCAGGAAGAGUUUCUAUGUUUAUGCUGGAAUCUUGGCUCUGCUGAACCUGCUGCAGGGCCUGGGCAGUGCCCUCCUCUGUGUGGAUAUCAUAGAGGGACUGUGCUGUGUUGAUGUUACCACAUUCCUUUACUUCAGCUUCUUUGCACCUCUCAUCUAUGUGGCCUUCCUGAAAGGCUUCUUUGGGUCUGAGCCGAAGAUCCUUUUCUCCUACAAAUGUCAAGUGGAUGAACCUGAAGACGUAGAUGUGCACCUACCCCACCCGUACGCAGUUGCCAAGAAAGAAGGGAUGGAUUCUGGCUUCUACUCGAGCACUCAGAUUGACACUGCAGCCUACCUGGAUGAUGUCGCCUCGAUGCCCUAUCAUGUGGGCAGCAUCAACAGCAUGGACAGCGACCGCUGGAAAGCCAUCAAUGCCUGA